AUGCCUCAUACCCUCGGUUCUGCGGCAGAGCUUCCCUUGCCUCGGAAGAGUACCCACACGAACCUCGAAAGAUCUGGCGGCGGGAUAGAUCUUGGGCGUUCGUCCCAUCUCUCAAUCUGCUCGUCCGAUUUGCAUUCUGCGUCGACCAAACUUCUUAGAAUGGUUUCUUAUGUCGUCCAAACUCUUCUCUUCUUGAUUUGGAGAACUUUGAUAUUUCGUGUUCCUGUGGACUCUUCCCAUGUUCGUACAAUGAUCGUCCCACCUGGACAAUCUUGUUGUAUCUUCACUUCUGCUCGUUUGUUUUUGAUCAUAUCUUGA